AUGAAUUAUCCAAAAUUUAUUGGUGAAACAUUAGAAUUUGAUCCUCUUUAGAAACCACCUAAAUUAUAAUAUGCAGUAUAACAUCAAGUAAAUUUUAAGUAAUUUAUAUUAGUAAGCAACUAGUUGUGGUUAGAAUGUUAAAAACUCUGAUUACUGUCAAUGUUGUGGACUUAGCAUUAAGAAAUUGCCUAUACAUUUAAAUAUUAAUAUCAUAAAUUUAGCAUUUUUAGGAUAAGGUGUUCCAUUAUUUUUUAACUUAAUGCAGCUCAUUAUACUGUUACACUUAAUUUUAUUUUUUAUUUUUACACUUCCAAAUGUUUCUCAUAAUUAUUUAUCAAAUAAUUGUAUUGCCCCUAGUAAUUAUGCAUAUAAAUAUUGGAAAUAAAAUGGUUGUAAUUAAAAUUGUCCACUCUAACAUAUAGAUUAUUAAGAUUUUAAGAAUUUAUUUUAAAAUUGUGAGACUAUCUGUUAACAUUAUUCUGAUGUUUGUAUAUAGUCUUAAACAUCGAAAAUAUCAUUUGUGAAUAAAUAACUAGAUGAUGAAAAUAAAUUAAUCUAAUCUUCAUUGAUACUAGCUUCGGUAAUAAUUGUAAAAAUUUUAAUGGUAUUGAUUCGAGAGAAAUAACACAAAAUAGAAUAUGCAAUAGACAAAGAAUUAUUGUCUCCAUCUGAUUUUACAGCGAUUAUGAACAAUUUACCAAAAAAUGAUUAUAAUGAAAAAGAAUUAAAAAUAGCUUUAGAACAAUAUUGUAAAGAGUUUGAUCCAAGAAAUAAUUAUGAAGUAGUAAAGAUCAAUAUCGCUUAUGAUAUAGCACAAUAUGUUGAUAAAGGAAGACAAAAGAUAUAAUUAGAAAAAUAACUUGAAAAGUCAUCAUAUAAUAAUAGAGAGAAAUUAUUAAAAUAAAUUAAAGAAAUUUCAAAAUAACAACAAAAGAUAGAAGAGGAGAUAGAAAAUGGUUCAUAUUAAAAAACUACUUAAAUAGCCUUUAUUACGUUUCAAACAAAAAAAUGUAUUUAAUACUAAAUAAAAUCUAGAACUACAAAAUUUGUUAGAGUAAACAAAACUUUCAUAUUGGGAAAGAUUAAUGAUAGUUUUGAAAUCAAUAAUUAAAAAGAAAGAUGGAAGAGGAUUUUACUUAAAACAUCAUUAUAUUGAAAUUUCAAGAGCUCCUGAACCAGAUGAUGUAUUUUGGGAGAAUUGUGGUACAGAUGAAUAUAAUCAUCUAAAGAGAAGAAUAUUAAGUUGGUUCGUUAUUCUUUUUUUGUUGGGUAUAUCUUUAUGUACACUUUAUGGUUUAAAUGUGUUUUAAGUAGAAUUUAAUGUUAAAUUAGAAUCAAUUUUUUUUGACUUCAGAAAAUAAUUAAUUUCUAAUGAAAACGAUUUCUUCAUUAUCAAAAUCGUUGAUAAUUACAAUAGUUGAUGGACUCAUCUAUUAUUUUAUAACUAAAUUAGCUAAUUAAGAGAGACAUGUUACAAAAACUCAUUAGGAUACUUCGAUGGCUGAAAAGUUAAGUUAUGUUUAGUUCAUUAAUUCUUGUUUGUUAGUAAUAAUAAUUAAUGUGAUUGGAACUUAUUAUUAGUAUUCGAAAUAAGAUAAACAUCUAUUUAAUUUAGCUGUAUAAUAAUAGGGAGGAAUAGCAGAUGAUAUUUUAUAUGUAUCAGGUACUAAUGCUCUAUUAGUACCAUUAUCAGCUUAUUUUAAUAUUUUUUAUUUAAUUAAGAAAUUAAAGUAAAUGAGAAUUGAAAAAAAUACUGAUUUAAAUUAGAUAGAAGCCAAUAAAUUAUUUGAAGGUCCUUAAGUUUCAUUCUAUGAUUAAUAUGCAUAUUUAUGCAAGACUACUUGGCUUACACUUUUCUUUGCUCCCAUAAUUCCUAUUUCAAUUUUAUUUGGAUUGAUUGGAUUGAUAUUAUAUUAUUGGAUAUAAAAGUAUUUGCUUUUACGAAGAAAUUGUAAGCCUCCUUUUCAAAGUAGUCAUCUUGAUAGAGAAAUGUUAAGUUUAUUAGACCUAUCUCCACUUCUAUUAAGUACCAUGUAAUUUCUAAUAGAUUAUUCAUUUCAUUCAACUUAACUAUGUUAGACAAUCAAUGUUGCAUCUUUAGUAAUAUCUGGUUUAGAACUAAUCAUUCCUACAUAUAGAAUACAUAGAAUCUUGUAUAAGGAUAUUUAUGAAGAAGAAGAAUAAGUUAGAUAUGAAGAUAUCUAUAUGAAAUUACCUACUGAUUAUGAUAGAACUAAUCCUUUAACUUAAUAAGCAGCAAUGUAAGAACUUGUUAAAAAUAAAAUAAAACCAAAUACUGCUCCAUUACUCUUAGGACUAUCAUCAAAUUUGAAUUCUAGCAAACUAAAAAAGAAUUAAGCUUUAUAAGAUAUUAUUUUUAAAGGUGUUUGCAAUCCAAAAAAAAUUAGAAUUAAAAUUUUAAAAUAAAAGUUAUAAAUGAUUGUUAAAAUGAGGCAAAUCAGAAAUAUUAAACAUCCUAUUAUUUUAGAUAAAUCAAUUCAAUCAAAUUAAAUUGUUUUUGAUAAAUUUGAAUUAAAUCAAUCUAGUGAAUUGAAUUCUCCAACUUAUUUAAAAACUCCUGAUUACAAUUUUUCAUCUAUCGUCAACAUCCAACCUUAAUUGUAAUCACAUUAACAUUAAAGUGAAAUAUUAGAUAUCAAUUCUACCGCUUCCUAUAAUAAAAGUGCAUAUCUAGAUACUCCAAAAUAUUACUUUAGUUCUAAAAACAAUUCGAUGUUUAAACACAUUCAAAAAUGUAAUCAAUUUUAAAUAUGA